UUGGCCGUGGACGAGAUGCACCAGGACCUGCCCCCAGUGGAGCGGGACCUGUCCUGGAACGACCCGGAGCCACAGCCCCCCGACACGGCCGCUUCUGCCCAGUCUCGCCGACCCUCCUCUGGCUCCACCUUCAAUGUCAGUCUGCACAAGGAAGAGACGGAGUUCCAGCCCAGCCAGGGGGAGGCAGGGGGGGCGGGCGCGCACCCUGGCAUCCUCGGCCGCCUCCUGGGGCUGCAGUCCCACCACCACCCCAGCAGGACGAGCUCGAAGACCAAGCUACUGCUGCCCCAGAAGGAAGGCCUCCUCCCUGAGGGCCAGCCCGAGCACCUCAGGGGUGCCAGGAAGCCCCGGGGACCGCACGACAGCGAGGCCUGGAAGAUGAGGGGGGAGCAGGCCUUUAAGUCCGCGGCGCUGUAUGGGAGGUCGGGCUACCACAGUGGCCCCCAGACGCCGCUCAGCUCCACCCCCAUGGUGUUCCCACCAGGACCCUCAGCACCCCCCAGUCUCCACAGAGUUCCCGGCGGCCGCAUUGACAGCACUGUCAAAGACCAGAGCCCGCAGCCUGUGACGCGAGGGGCCAGGAGGAGCUUGGAGCUGCUCCCAGAGUGUGCAGGGGCCUCGAUGGAGCCCCCGGAAUUGUCACACAAGAGGAAAACUGUCGAGUGUCACCUGUCAGCGGCCCCCGAGAACCGUCUCCGAGAACCACAUACACGAUAGACAAGCAGCAUACACACGGCGCUCACAGACCACGACCCCUACUGGGCCUCGGAAAACAGGUCUGUGCUCUACCCCAACCAGCCCCACCCCAGCUCCCCUUGCUCCGGUUUCCUCAGGGCUCCAUCACUGCAGAGCAGGCUGGACCUGGCCCAGCGCUGGCUUGCGGCGCACACUUGGCCACCUCGGCAGGGGCCCUAG